GUGUAGCCACACGAGGUGCUUAACCUCAAAUACUUUCACGGUAUAUAUUGUGAUAAAUUACAGUGAGUACACAUAAUCAAAGAAAUGAGGAAAAGUAGCAGGUGACGUAGUCAGGAUGAAUGAAAAUUCAAUCGACGCUUGGUUGAGUGAUUGGACAGAAUGUGCGUAUUCUGAUUCGGUAGACUCGUGGAGCGACUUAGAAUCUAUAACAUUAUCGUUGAACGAAUUAUCGAAAAAUAAUGCAGAAUCAGGACAAGAUUUUGAGAACCAGAACGAUACAACUGAAUUGACAGCGCCAUCGACAACCAAAAGUGACUUAGAAUACCGAAGUGUUAUUAUUUUGAUUAAAAAAGGAUUUGAUUAUGAUAAUAAUCGACCAUUUGACGCAAUUUGUCAUAAGCCAAAAAGAAAAAAAUUAUAUAACUGUAAAAACCCCUUCGAAUGCAAUACAUGCCACAAAUCAUUUGAGCUGAGCGCUGAUCUUCAAACUCACAUAAAUUAUGUACAUAAAUGUAACAAACCAUUCGAGUGUGAAAUUUGUCAUAAAUCAUAUGGGUAUCAGUAUGAGCUCAAAAGACACAUUGUGACAAUACAUGAUUUAAGCAAACCUUUCGAGUGUGUGAUUUGUGAUAAAGCAUUUAGAUACAAAUUCAACCUCGAUGCUCACAUGAAUUCAGUACACAAUCGCAUCAAACUGUUCAAGUGUGAGAUUUGUCUAAAAUCAUUUUCAAGCAAGGGUGAACUCGAUAGACACAUAAAUAACAGCAGCAUAAGCUUCAAAUGUGAGAUUUGUGACAAAUUAUAUAGAAAAAAGAGUUAUCUAAAAGUUCACAUAAGUACAGUGCAUUAUAAGGAAAAACCCUUCGAAUGUGAGAUUUGCCACAAAUCAUUCGGACAAAAAAGUAGUCUCAACGAUCACAUUAAAAAAGUACAUAAUCGUAUCAAGCGCUUUCAGUGUGAUAUUUGUCACAAAUCAUUUGGUUGGAAGACUGUUCUUAAAAGACACUUGAGAACAGCACAUAAUUGUAACAAAUCGUUCGAAUAGAAGAUUUGUUGAUACUUGUUUACACAUUGGUGCCAUAAUUGUAGAGAGUCUUUCUCCCAGAUAUGCUUUAAUA